AUGAAGCUUCUGUCGGCGUUGCAGCAGCAGGGCCGCAGGGGCAACAGCUUUCGAAGUGCAUCGUCGCAGCAGGACUCCGGCGUGGACGGUGGAGCAAAGUCUCAGGCAACGAUUUUUUGGCUACUGUUACACGGACUUUGCUGUCUUGUUAGUCUAGUCCUUGGUUUCAGAUUCUCUCGUUUGGUAUUUCUCCUCGUUCUUUCUACUUCCUCCCCCUCCACCACCUCCACCGCCAACCUCUAUUCUGCUUUCCACACUUCAUUUCCAUCUACCACCACCACAACGUCGUCGUCGAAGGCGGCUGCGGUGAACGGUAUUACGGCGGAGGGGAGUAGAGUUGUGGUAGGUAGGCACGGGAUACUGAUACGGCCUUGGCCGCAUUCAGAUCCGGUGGAGGUGUUGAAGGCUCACCGGAUAAUCGAGAGGGUUCAGAGAGAACAAAGGCUGCAGUAUGGAGUGAAGAGCCCUAGGACUGUGAUUGCAAUCACGCCGACGUACGUUCGGACCUUCCAGACGCUUCAUCUAACUGGGGUCAUGCAUUCUCUGAUGAACGUGCCCUAUGAUCUCAUCUGGAUUGUUGUGGAAGCUGGUGGCGCCACCAAUGAAACAAACAUGCUAAUUUCAAAAUCAGGCCUCAAAACAUUCCAUAUUGGAUUUAAUGCUAAAAUGCCGAUUUUAUGGGAGGAUCGGCAUAAAUUAGAAGUGAAAAUGAGACUACAGGCCUUAAGAGUUGUGAAAGAGAAGAGGUUAGAUGGGAUAGUAAUGUUUGUGGAUGACAGUAAUAUGCAUAGUAUGGAGUUAUUUGAUGAGAUCCAGAAUGUGAAGUGGGUAGGCGCAGUUUCUGUCGGGAUUCUUACACAUUCAGGAGGGUCCAAAGAAGAAAAUUUGUAUGUGGCUCAGACAGAGAACAAUACGAAGAAUGAGAAGAAUCCAAAGAUGCCAGUCCAGGGUCCGUCUUGUAAUUCAUCAAACCAUGUGGUGGGGUGGCGUACUUUCGAUGAACUGCCACUUGUGGAGAGGAGGGCAAGGUAUGUUGGUGACAGGGGAAUUGUGCUGCCAAGGAAGCUGGAGUGGUCUGGAUUUAUCUUGAAUUCUAGGUUGUUUUGGAAGGAAGCCGAAGAUAAGCCUCAAUGGGUCAAGGAUUUGGAUGAGGUUGGUAGGGAUGGAGAUGAUGUUGAGAGUCCUUUAUCUUUGCUGAAGGAUGCUUCUUUUGUGGAGCCUCUCGGGAGUUGUGGGUUCAAAGUCAUGCUGUGGUGGCUGCGUGUUGAGGCUCGAGCAGACAGCAAAUUCCCCGCCAGAUGGGUAAUUGAUCCUCCAUUAGAUGUUACCGCCCCAGCAAAGCGCACUCCAUGGCCAGAUGCUCCUUCCGAACUUCCAUCUGCCAUUGAAAAAGCAAUCAACAUCCAGGAUAACACCGAGAAACAUACCACCAAAAGCCGGACAUAUAGAAGACAUGGGUCCCGUAGCAAGAGGAAGCGCUCAUCAGAAGUAUCAAUUGAACAAGUUUCUACAAGGUAUUCAUCAAAUAAAUAG